UUGGUGAUAAAUUCUCGGUAAUAAAUAAGUAGAUAUAUAUGGAAGCCUUUUGAAUAGAUAUCUAUUAGAUUUACUGAUGUUAAGACAUAAUGAUUUUGAAUAUUAUAUAUUUUUUGCUAACAAUUUUGUUAUCUACAAAUGGAGAAAUAUUGGUAACUACGCCUAAUGGAGUUGUUCAAGGAAGACAGGAAUACUCUCAGAGAGGAAUAUCGUUCUAUGCGUUCCAACAAAUUCCUUACGCAAAACCGCCAGUUGGAAAUUUGAGAUUCAAAGAACCAGAACCGGUAGAAUCAUGGGAAGGUAUUCUUAAUGCAACUUACAACGAUAAAUUCUGUUUUCAACAAACUAAUCAGUUCUCUAUCGACAUAUCAUUACUUGAAAAUGAAGAUUGUCUAUACUUAAACGUCUACUCCCCAAUAUAUCCAUCCGAAAACAACUUACUUCCUGUCAUGGUGAAUAUUUACGGUGGUGGGUUUGUGAAUGGAGCAGCCAAUUUUGAUUAUCAUGGUCCCCAUUAUUUGAUGGAACAUGAUAUUAUUGUUGUAACGUUAAACUACAGAGUUGGUCCUUUUGGAUUCCUAUCAACUGGAGAUACGGUGAUUCCCGGCAACUAUGGUUUGAAAGAUCAGCAGCUUGCUUUGAAAUGGGUACAAGAUAACAUUCUGUAUUUUGGUGGCGAUAGAACCAAGGUUACUAUUUUUGGACAAAGUGCCGGUGGAGCUUCUGUAACGUAUCAAUUAAUGAGUGAAAAAUCUAAAGGAUUAUUUAGAGCUGGUAUCUCACAAAGCGGCUCUCUACUUUGUCCUUGGAGUUUCCAAAGAGAUCACACCAAUAUCGCAUAUAGGCUGGCUUCCUUAAUAGACCCUACGUUUGAUCUUAAUUCUAGUUCCGAAGAAUUGCUGCAAUUACUCCAAAGUAUUCCUGCCAAACAACUAAAUGACAUUUCUAAAGCUAUGUAUACACAAAAUGAGAUAUACAAUCAGAUAAUUCAAGGUUAUCAAUUUACACCAGUCAUUGAGCCCGAACAUGAGAAUGCAUUUAUCACCGAAAGGAUGUACGACGCUCUUGUGGAUGGAAAGCUACAGAGAGUACCUCUGAUUAUGGGUAUUUGUUCGGAGGAAAUGAUUUGGGACGCUUUAGAUCCCGAUGGAUUUGUGUGGACAGCUAGAAAUUUAGAUAACAACCUCACUUUGCUUGUGAACGAUAACAUGCAUUUGACAGAGGAAUCUGAAAAAGAAAAAGCAGGUGCAGAAAUAAGAAAAAUCUAUACUAAUGGACUAUUUCAAGAUCAAAUCGGCAAAGCAGUCGAGUUUUUCAGUGAUAUGUCGUUUGGAAGAUCUGUAAUCCAUCACGCUAAGCAACAAUCUAGGUUUAGUGACGUAUAUUUCUACCGAUUUUCUUAUUAUGGUACUAUUCCUGGAGUUCGUCCUUAUAUUGAAGGUGCUUAUAAAGUUGCUCAUUCUGAUGAUGAGAAUUACAUUUGGGUAUCUUCAAAUAACUCCAAUUUGAAUACAUUUCCACAAGGGGAUAUUACAACAAGCGAAAGAUACAUAACAUUAUUCACAAAUUUUGCAAAGUAUCUAGAUCCAAUAGCAAAUGACAGUGAUCUAUUGGGUAUCACUUCAUGGCCGAAAGUAGCACCAGAUAAUUUCCAGUUUGUAGAUAUUAAUGAAACAUUGACAAUACAAAAAGAUCUUAAAGAUCAAGUUUAUAACGGUUGGGUUAACGUUUACGAAACUUUUGCUGUUAAACCUUUCGAUACUUUUUGAAUAUUAUCAUAAGAUGAAAUAAAAUUGUACAAAUUG